AUGGGCCCAAACACCCGAGACAGCUCGCGGAUCGCUGGGUUUCGGGAGGCUGUUGAUGUUUGUGGCUUGUCGGACCUGGGUUAUAAGGGUUUGGAUUGGACAUUUGAGAAGCGGGUGAUGGGGGAACAAUACUGCAGGGUCAGGCUGGAUAGAGCAUUGGCAACAUCUAGUUGGUCGAGCUUGUUUCCAUUUGCUAGCGUGGAGCACCUGACAGCAGCGAAGAGUGAUCAUAGUCCCAUCCUACUGUUGAAUGACUUGGAGGUUGGGGACCAGAGAAUGAACAUAAAUAAACCGUUUCGUUAUGAGUGCGCAUGGGAGACAGACAAUCGCUUUGCAGCAACUGUGGAAGCUGCAUGGAAUGAAGACGGCCCUGCAGGUGACACUCCUCUGGCCAUUUCUGCGACUUAUGGGACGCCUGCUACCACCAGAUAUCUUCUGGAUCGUGGUGCUGAUCCAACUUUAGCUGGUGCCCUGUGGCCACCUCUUCAUGCUGCUGCAAGUUUUGGACAAUGUGAGAUAGUGGAAUUGCUGCUUUCAACUGGAAUUGAUGUGGAUCAUUUCGAUUCUGUGUAUGGGACCGCAUUGCAUGUUGCCGCUACUAAUGGUCAAGAUGGCUCGAUGAAUAUUUUGUUGCAGCAUCAUGCAGAUCCUAAUAAGGUUUUCCGCCUUGAUAGUACCCCGUUAAGGCUGGCCAUGAUUUCUGAAUCGCUGGAAUGUGUGAACCUACUCAUUAAGGCUGGCGCUGAUGUGAAUAAAAUUGACUAUACUGGUGUUACUUACUUGAUGAUAGCAGCGGGCAAUGGCUUAUCUAAUAUCCUGAAAUGCUUACUAGAUGCUGGCGCUAACCCAGAUAUUGAUGAUGGGUUUGGUACAACUCCAAUCGAAAUUGCCGCCCUCCAAGCCAGAUGGGAUAUGGUUGCGAUGUUAUUUCCUUUAACUUCUCCCAUUUCAAGAUUGCCGGAUUGGAGUAUUGAUGGAAUUAUUUCUCAUGUGCAAUCUUUUGGUUUGAAGCCGAGGGAUAUACAUCUACGUGAAGCGAAAAGAGCUGAACUAAAGUUGCAAGCUACAGAGGCUUUUAAGAGAAAGGAAUAUAUCAUAGCAGGAGACCUAUAUACUUGUGCAAUGAGUUUUCAGCCUAGUCCAAAAGGUCUUGCAAACCUGCUAGCACAUAGGAGUUUCUGUAUGUUGCACGCGGGAAUAGGAAAAGAGGCUCUCUUCGACGCUGCUAGGUGCACAGUGCUACGACCUCUUUGGCCCAAAGGUUACUAUCGGCUAGGAGCAGCCUUCAUGUUGCUACAGGACUAUGGAAAAGCAGCUCAGACGUUUGAAGCUGGCUUGAAACUGGACCCUACAAAUGCGGAUAUGGCAAACGCUUUAAGGACGAACUAUUUCUUAUAUGCUCCCUCUGUUCCUGAAUAUAAGACGUUUUGGCAGUUCAAUUUAAACUUCCAAAACGUCUUAUAUUUAGAAACAAAGGUGGGAAGCCCAAGAGACGGCGAGGAAUCCUCCUCGCACCAGGGGGCUGGAGUGCCUUCACCCAUUUGGAAUGAGACGUUCCUGGAGUGAUUGAGGCGCUGUUUCGUUGCUAUGUCCAGUCCAGGGUAUGCAUGCCUGCCUGUUAUUCUCUUUUCCUAUGUCCAGUCCAAGGUAUGCGUGCCUGUUAUUCUCUGGAGAGACUGAGACUCUGUUUCGUUGCUUAAGACUCUGUUUUGUGUUGAACCGUCCAAGAGUACCGAUCUCAUGUGCUAUAUUGUAGACCCUGUAAACAUGGCUAUCUGUACAUUGUGGUUAUAUAUCGUCUCCGUGAACCA